CUACAAACGGGCUCAGCCUACGUAUAUGCGCGCAACAUGUAGACAUGACUCAAACGGCAGACACGACAAGAUCAACGCUGUGCUAUUCCCAAGCCUCACUCACUGCAUGACCUCGCUCUCGCGCUGAGCAACGCCCGGCCCCGACAUCAUGCCGCAGAGGCGCAUAACAACUGCAUCUCUGUCUACGGAUACCUCUUUGACGCUCACCGCAUUUGGCGACGUGUGUGCGCGCGGUCCCAAUCGAAGGGCUAUUGGGUGGUUCCAUGUCUUGUGCCUGCAAUUGCGGGCCACUAUCCCCUCUGUCGGGUUAACUGUAGGCUGCCUGCAGAUUGUUGUGUGUGUGCUGGUUUCUCUCUCUCUCAUCAACGGACGGCUUGGCUGCUUGAAUCCUUCGGGUUUCGCAGCCUGUCAAAGGUGUCCAGAACGGUGGAUCGCAUAUCCGUCCGUACGCAGUACAGCUGUGGUCCUGGCUGGCUGGGGUCUAUCCAACAUCUGGCGCUGGGCAAAGGAAGCCGGCCGGCAAAGCGUUUGUCAAAGUCACCCCUGUCGUUUUUCUUUCCUUGCUGCCGCGCCCGCGCAGUACGCGCAAGUUGCGCACCCACGAUGCCCAGGACCGCAUUAAGCACCUGC